AUGAAAGAAGACAUUGGACGCCCACUCAAAUCAAUCAGGAACAAACACUUUAUCCUCACUUACCAACGAAGAAGAAACUUGAACUUGUGUUGGGAUUUCAGUCCACAAGAGGAAGAAGAAGUCAAGCUAACAUUCCUUAUGGCAAGUGGAAAUGGGGAUGUCAUUGUCAAAACUGUUGAUUUGCUUCUGGAGUCCCUGGGUAAGAAACUUCCGACCAACCUACUCUCGCAACCUAUUAGCAUGGUUCCUAGUGGUCUCCGAGACAUAAGCCCAAGUUCUUAUGAUCCUCGGGUGGUCUCUAUUGGACCUCUUCACAGAAAAGACCAAAAUGUUCAAGCAUUUGAAGAGCUGAAAGGGGUUUAUGCGCAAACGCUAUUGAAGGAUCUUAAAUUAGAACUGUGGGAAACGUUAAACAAAUGUGUAAAAAGGGUGGUUUAUUCAAUAGAACAGAUCAGGCUACCUUAUGCGGGGACGGACAUCGACAGAUACGAUGACACUGAACUUGCUAAAAUGAUGGUUACGGAUGCUUGUUUCAUACUUCAAUUCAUUCGUGAUAUUAUAGAAUCUAAAGCCUCUCUUACUGACCUUAUCCUUUAUCUUGUACAAUUCUUCAACGUCUUUGAAACAAACAUAACACUCAGCAAUAAGCGCACAUCACCAAAUCCUCAUCAUAUUCUUGGUUUUCUUGAAAAAUGUUACUGCCCAACAACUGGAUAUUCUCCUUCACAAGGAUUAGCAAGUUCAGCAAAUCCACUCAGCUGUAGAACUGGACAUGGCAGGGGUGAUCUUUAUGCCUAA